AAAAUCAUGAGCUACUCCAGCAGCUACUAUGGAGGCCUGGGCUAUGGCUAUGGUGGCCUUGCAGGCCUGGGCUGUGGAUGUAACAGCAUCCGCAGACUGAGCUGUGGCUCUGGCUAUGGAAGCUAUGGAUAUGGCUCUGGCUAUGGAGGCUAUGGAUAUGGCUCUGGCUAUGGAGGCUAUGGAUAUGGCUCUGGCAAUGGAGGCUAUGGAUAUGGCUGCCACCGCCCUUCAUGCUGUGGAGGAUAUGGGUUCUCCAACUUCUACUGAGUGAAUUGUCGAAAUUAGAAGCAUACAUGAACUAGGAAAUAUUUGUGUUCCUGUUUUUCACUCUUAUCCUAGAGACAUGAAUUUCAUAUUCUCUGACAUCAAUGUAUACAAUUUAGGAAUUUUUAAACAGCUUCUGUGAACAUUUCAUAUCUUUAACCUCUACUACCCAUUACCAAAAUGCAUAUUUAAUAUGAAUAAAAUUUAAAUUUGCUC